AUGCCAGAAUUGUUUCCUUCCAUAGCCCAGUGCGCCAUUGUGGCCACGGCGCUAAAAGUGCUCUUGUUUCCUGCAUACAAGUCGACCGACUUUGAAGUUCAUCGCAACUGGCUAGCCUUGACCCAUUCUCUACCUGUAAACCAGUGGUACUAUGAAAAAACCUCGGAAUGGACGCUGGAUUAUCCUCCUUUUUUUGCCUAUUUCGAGUGGCUGCUGUCUCAAGCUGCAGCACACGUCGACGCAGCAAUGCUCCAAGUCGAGGCUCUGGGUUAUGACAGCUGGCAAACAGUCUACUUUCAGCGUGCUACCGUCAUCUUGACCGAGCUCCUAUUAGUAUAUGCCCUCCACCUCCAUGUCAAGACAUCCAAGUCCAAGUCCACUUCACAUGCUGCUGCGCUCUCCAUUCUCCUCUCCCCAGGCCUUCUCAUCAUUGAUCAUGUCCACUUUCAGUACAAUGGCUUCAUGUACGGCAUGCUCGUCCUCUCCAUCGUCCUCGCACGCAACAAUUCCACGCAAUUACUCUCUGGUCUCCUCUUUGCCCUUCUCCUCUGCUUUAAACACAUAUACAUGUACAUUGCGCCUGCUUAUUUUGUCUACCUCCUUCGCGCAUACUGCCUCGGCCUGCGCUCAUCCUUUCCUUACUUCAACAUACGCUUCUUAAACUGCAUCAAAUUGGGAGUAGGCAUCAUUGCUGUAUUGGCUGCCGCCUUUGGUCCGUUUGCACAAUGGGGUCAGCUCGAUCAAGUAUUCCGCCGUCUGUUUCCAUUUUCUCGUGGACUGACUCACGCCUACUGGGCACCAAACGUUUGGGCCUUGUAUUCGUUUUCGGACAGAGUUCUGAUUCACCUGGCCCCUCGUUUGGGACUUGCCGUCAACUACGAGGCUGUCAAUAGUGUUACCCGCGGUCUUGUAGGAGACUCGACCUUUGCCGUUCUCCCGGAUAUUGUUCCAUUGACUUGCUUUGUACUCACCUUGGGAGCCCAAAUCCCCGUCCUUUUGCGCCUCCUAUUCAAGCCAACCUGGGAAACAUUUGUUGGUGCAGUCACCCUUUGCGGCUAUGCCUCUUUUCUCUUUGGCUGGCAUGUUCACGAAAAGGCCAUUUUACUCGUCAUCAUACCAUUCAGUCUGAUUGCGCUGCAUGACCGUCGAUAUCUAAGCGCAUUCCGGCCACUUGCUGUUGCGGGCCACGUGUCCUUGUUCCCACUGUUAUUCACUGCAGCCGAGUUUCCAGUCAAAACGGUAUACACCAUUUUCUGGCUGGUUCUGUUCCUCUUGGUGUUUGACAGGCUUGUUCCAGCAUCACCCAAGCCACGCAUCUUUCUCCUUGAUCGCUUUUCCUUGCUCUACAUUGCACUAUCGAUACCCCUCAUUGCGUACUGUUCCUUGAUACAUGCUAUUGUGUUUGGUCCCCGUUUCGAGUUUAUUCCACUCAUGUUUACAAGCUCAUACUCGGCCAUUGGCGUGGUGGGCAGCUGGAUUGGGUUCUUGGUAGUGUAUUUUGAAUUAGUAUCCCAGUACAGACCGGUCCACCGGAAGGGACAAUGCGUUGUGGCCAGGCGAGUGGGUCAGACUGUCCAAGGGUUUGCUCAGGGUGACUCCCAGCAGAGCAUGCUCCCAGACGUCACUCCUGCUUUUGAUAUUGCCAUGCCAUGCUGGCCAACCACGCUGCAAGACUACCUUUCCGCUGGCUUUUCCCUUCAUGUAGCCCUCCUCUACUCUUGUCCUCUUCUCUACUGCCCACCUCCUCCACCACCGCAAUUUGAAUCCCCCGAAAUCCACCACCAACCGACUAGACGCGCCUUCGGAACUGAGCGACGCGUCUCGGAACCGCACUCGGACUCGCAAGGGUGCGACGACUUUUCGAUAGAGGUGGAUUGGGCGCGCAUAAGAAGCUCUUGCUUGCCUCUAGCACCCCACCGAGGGGCCAUUGCCCCGGAACAUUCCUUUUGGGAGUCCGGAGUGGUGAUAUCAGACGCGCUUGUUGCGACGCGACACUUGUCGAUUGUUGGCGACGCGGUCUUUUAUAAGCGAAAGCCGGUGAAGCUACUACCGGAACCCAAGGGCCUUGAUGACAGUACCGAGGUCUGGGUAAUGCAAGGCACUGGAGAGGUCUUUGUAGACUACGAGGCCUAUCUGAUUCGUCGCGACUACUACCUUCAGGCAAACGUCUUUUACAUGCGAAGCGACUGGCAUGUCGAACCUGACCUACUUCGAGGCCAAGGAGAGCGAGAGGAGCAGACGGAAGCUGUCAAGGAGAUCAACGAAAUCUUUCCGAAGCCCUUGCGGAAGCCUGUGCUUGGUUUUGUCCAGUUCCGCACGGAGACUCGCAUGGAUGAUUUGGUAAAUGCCGUAUACGAUCAUUUCAAAGAAGAAUUCUUUCAGGAUGAAGUAGUCACGGUCGAGGAUGGCAAUAAUGUUCGCCGACGCGGCGUCGUCACUGGCUUCACCGAUAAUAACCAAGUGCAUACAAUGUACCAUGGCCAAAUGCUGACCAAUGCUGGUUACGUGGGCUACAUCAUCACCAUGGACGACACUAAGGAGACAGUCAUCAAGCACAAGGGCGCAGACCUCCAAAGAGAUAAAAAGACUUAUUCAAAGCUCAUCCUAAAACAGUACCUACGGGCUACCAUCAAGCGCGAUUCCUGGAUCGGAGCUCCCUGGAUGGUCAAGAGUACGCUCGCCAAACUCUAUAAUAUCCCGACUAAAGCACCCGACCACCGCAAAACUCAAGCUGCCAUUGCAGCUCAGCGCCAGGCCAUGAUUGACAAUGUAAACGGUAACGGCCCCCCGGCCCCUCCCCAAUCCCAACAACAAGCGCCCAAUGGUCACCAACCAUAUCAAAAUGGCCACCAUGGCCCUUUACCAUCACCAAGUCAAAUUCAGCCAGGCUUUCACAGUUUUGUGGCCAACGGCCAGCAUGCAUAUGCGCAACAACAGCUACCACCGCCACCACUGCAACAACAGCAACAGCAACAUCAACAGCAACAGCAACAGCAACAUCAACAUCAACAUCAACAAGGUCAUAAUCAAUCUCUUGUUCAAUUCUCUAGACCUCCGCCAUAUCUUCAACAUCCUGUCAGUGUUCACCCCAUGUGGAAUAGCGGACCUUUGCCGUACCAAGUGCACAGCGCACCGCCGCCGUUUGGUUUUAAUCACCCACCCCCCCAGAUUACCGGUCCUCUGCCUCCUCACCUUGUACAUGUGCUAGGCAUGCAGCAUGGCGGCCCUGCACUGCCUAUAAACGUGGGCUAUCAAACAAGCUUUCCUCACCAUCCUCCUCAACCACCUCCUCAAGCUCCUGGACCACAGCCAGUACAACAACUACCUCAACCUGCUCGGCCUUUUGUGCCCGCUAUCAAAUUCCCAUGUGAAGACUUGGAUAUCAAAGACGUGGGCAAGACUGGGGUUCGACCAACCCUGAAGUUUUUUUCCGACGAUGGCCCUGAUGGUUAUCAACGCCCCGACGAUGAAAAGACAGGUAUUUUGAUGAAGAGCAUUGGCCCAUUGCUGGGUGCAUGGGAGACUUUGAACGUCCACGACACCAUUUACAUGCUCGACUCAUUUACGUAUGACGAUUUUGUCGAUGCUAUGGGCUUUUCGUCAGAAGAAACCGAGUGUGAACUCUUUGUCGAAGUCCAUUGCUCUGUCCUCAAACAAAUUGUCAAUGAAUCUGGCAAGAUUCAGGCAGCCCUCCCAAACAUGACCGAGGCUGAAGAUUCUGAGGAAGAGGACUCUGACCAAGAGUCUAGCCCUGAGCCAGAGCCCGAACCACCUGCCCGAACUACUCGCAGCAGCCUACGAAGGUCUGAAGCCCAGCAACUUGCCGUCAAGCCUCGAACCCCUACACCCGAGCCUCCCAAGGACCUGCACAAUGCUUCCGAGUUUGUCGAAGACUUUGACUGGAUUGAAAUAUGCAAAGUCCGUAAUUUCCGCCACGGUAACUGGCAAGCCAUUGUUGUCGCCUUGCUCUACCGAUUUUCCUUUGAUCCCUUACUGAAAGAAGCAUGUGAUGAGAUUCUUGCACAGCUUGUACCUGCAGAUGAAGAGAAUACCGUUGAAAGCAUUGCCGCCAAAUACACUAAUCUCGACGUCAAUUUGCGGAUUUCCGCACUGGAUAUCUUGCUGCGAAUGACCGUCACCACCGAAGCGUUUCGUGACCAGCUGAUUGCUGCCGCUCAGGAAAUGACUCGGCUGCGCAAGGAAAAGAUUGAUUAUCAGCGCAAGCGCAAGGAAAUCGAGGCCGACAUUGCUCGCAUGGAGCUUGACCGGAAGAUAUUAUUACCAGAAAACACGCCUGCGUCACCACCCGAGGCAAAGGAAAAUGAUUCUAUGGAUGUUUCCAUGACGAGUGCAGCAGACGAUUCCACUCUUGGCAACGCUGACGAAGAAGCCGCCAAAGGCAAGAUGCGUCCUAUCAACAAGAACAAGCGCAAAGCAGCCGCCGAAGAGGCUCGCAAGGAAAAGGCGAAAAAGGCCAAAGCCGCCGCAGAGCUCUUGAAGAAGCAAAAGGAAUGGGAGAAGCUACUGACGGAUAUUCAAAAGAAGCGGGCCGAGCUAGCAGAAUGCGAAGCCAAUAUUUGUGAGCUUGAUGAUGACCUGCGCGAAACACUGGUACACCGCAGCAAAGUUCUUGGCAAAGACCGCUUUCUCAACAAGUAUUACUGGUUCGAGCAUAAUGGUAUGCCCUUUGGUGGUAUACCCAACAGUUCCACUGCAGAGUAUGGCUACGCCAAUGGCCGCAUCUGGGUCCAAGGGCCCGACAAGCACGAGUUUCAGCCCAAUCUUGAAGAGCCAGCCCUUUCACAAGACAAGGAGCGUCUUGGCUUCACAAUUCCAGAGCGCAAGGCCAAGGAAGAGGGCGAGACUCAUCUAUCAAGUUCGACCGAAUGGGCUUACUACGAUGAUCCUGCCGACAUUGAUGCUCUGCUCGCCUGGCUUGAUGAACGCGGCCUGCGCGAGCGAAGUUUGAAAAAAGAGAUUUUACUCUACAAAGACCACAUAUUGACAUAUAUGGGCAAGAUGCGCGAGCACCUGAAUAAGAGGACCAACAAGGAAAAGACCAAGGACGAGGACGCAAUGUCCGACAUUGAAGACAAGCCACGUAUAUCUACACGCAAAAAGGCAGCCUCGGCCGACAAGGAAAAAGAUUCAGAUGGACCCCGCUGUCUCCGCUGGACAAAUAGCAUGAUGCGUGAGGAAUAUGGACAUGUGCACCAUGACGAGUACGAACCGCCUCGGAAAACCAAGGCCAAGGCGACUGCCAAAUCUAGCAAAUCUAAGGGUCGACGAUGA